UUUGAUUCUUAGAAGAAUUUUAAAAUAUUGUGCCAUUGUGCUUUUACCAAUCUGAAUGAUGAAAAAUUAUUAAAUUAACAACGUGUUAAUCUAUUACAAAUUGAAUAUGGAUAACAUACACAUACCAGAUGACAUAUUUCAUUAUCUGGUUACAUUUUUAACCCCGGUAGACUGUAUGUCAUUUUGUUUAUCUGGCGUUUCUUCAGGCUUUACAGAUUUUUAUUCCAGGAGACGGAAUUGGAAACUAAGUCGGUGCUUUUGUUUAGAGCCAAAUAUUUUUCAGCAGUAUUUUUCCAAAUGUGUGGUGUCAUCCAAUGUCCGAGUUCUUGACAUGAGCCACUGUUUCUGGCUUCCAGAGACUUCCCUAUUAAAUGGUUGUUUUUCUUCUAAAUUAAACAACUUGACGGAGCUCAAUGUACUUGAUACAGAGCUAUCAUUAGUCUCUGUUAUGAUGCACGUUAUGCCUAAAUGCCAGGGGUUGACGAAGCUGUCUUGCAACAUUGUGGAGCCAACAUGGAAAGCUUUUCAUGACAAAAUUCAAGAUCUUGCUGACACCUAUACAGAUAAUUUUAAGAAGAUAACAGAUCUGAAAUUAUGUGCUAGUAGCAGAUCACCUUAUAUUUGGAUCCUUUUAUUUAAUGUUUUGGGAUGGUGCAGAGAUUGUGUUCAGCUACAGAUAGAACUGUUCAAACCGAAAACUGUUCGGCGUGGUUCUCCAUGCGAAUGCCACGAGUCAAAAACGGCGAUUCAAUUGGCAAAGGAAAAUCUCUACAAGGGUAUGGAAUGGAUGAUCUCUUUGAAAGGAUUGUGUGUCCUGGCCAAUCAACCGGACCAAUGCUUUGACGAUUUCUGCCGUUGGUUACUGCACGAAAUAAAUCCGCCCACCUUGGAGAAGCUUUGGAUUCCAUCCGUCCAGCUGAGUUCGCCACCCAGCACAUUCGUGCCGGAACCUCCGCUCAGAUUUCUCAAUUUAGGCCGUUCAGUUUAUCAGUGCAACUUUGCAUCAAACGUGUUUACACAAGUGACUCAUCUCGCCGGAAUUCGAGUACAAUCCGAUUUGGUAUUGCCGCAAUUACGAUUCUUUCGAGGGAACUUCCUAUCAAGUUCGGUUUUAGAUCAAUUUUGUCGCAAUCAUCCUCAACUGGAACAUUUGCAUUUCAAUGAUAAUUGCAUCGCCAGCAGAAGCCAACAGACGCAAAUCAAGUUUCAAUGUCAAUGGGCGUUGGCUCACUUGCGAACUUUGAUUUUUGCCAACACCCCCCACUCAGAUAUUCUGAACAAGUUUAUGCAAUCAUGUUCAAAAUUGGAAGAACUGCAUAUUGGGCAGGUAACCUCGAACAUUUUCCUUGAGCAAGAACCGGCCCACGACGCUUAUCGCUCCAUAUCAAAACAAACGCAUCUGAGGAAGUUGACUUUCAGCGGUCUUGAAUUCACUAGUGGAUCCUUUCUCCAACAGGUGCUGGGCAGCUGCCAAAAGCUGGAAAGCCUCCACGUCGCCGGUCAAUUUGAAGAAAGCGACGGUUUCUUUUCCGAUUUAUUAAAUUAUUUGCCCUUGACGAAGAACCUGCGUGAUCUCCGAAUCCAGAAAGCAGACAUCUCGGAAUCACUUUUGAUGGACAUGAUCCACAGCAUUGGAUGUUGCUCGACUUUGGAGCGUUUGAUGAUUUACCAAGAAGAGUAUGGCAGCGUCAGCUCACCCUUUCAACUGAUAUUGCCCGAUUGUAUAAAAAAUCUGGUCGCCAAUCGCUUGACUCGAUUGGUGGCUUUCUGUUUUAUCUAUUCCGUUUAUUCUGAGACGGAAGUGGACAUUUCUCUGGCGCUAAAGGAUUUUUCAUCUUCCCGCCCGUCUUUUUGGUUUUACGUUGACGACAACGAUCUGCCUCGGAGAGCUCGGGUCCCGCGUGUCCAUCUCGAUGAAAUCGUUGAUCCGUUUCAUUACAUCGAUUCUUUUCCUGUAUUUGGAUAAUCUCCGAUUCCCGUACGUGCUAAAUCAAGUCAAAUCAAAAUUGUGAUUUCUGUGUUAUUCUCGUAAAUGGAAAUGUUUGCGUCGAAAUAAAAUCAAGAUUUUCUUAUUAUUUUAGUGUUUUUUUUUGGGGGGGGGCCACGCCCAGUUUAGAUGAGUUGAGUUCAAUGACUUCCCGAAAGUGGUUUCGUGCGGCUUCUGUUGCCAUUGGAACAAGAAGGGCGAAGUCGAUUCACGAGAUCCGCAGGCGAUGCUCGAGGAAAACGGGAAACCAAAGAACAAAGCAAAAAGUGAAACUAUUCAAGGCCAAUGUCACGGCAAUGCCAAAUGCGACGGGGCUUUGGGUGUGGUGUGAUGAUUGCUGGGUAUAAAUACGGACCUUCUCGAGACCCCCAGACAUACACACAGCAAUCUCGUCGUGUAAAAGCUCCUCUCUCAACUUCGCCAUGUACAAGAUUGUUUUGCUUCUGUUGGCUUUGGCUACUAUCGUCUUCGCCAUGGAGACCCAAGAUCAGGAAUCUGCUGAGCAAUACUACCGCAUCCAUGGCGUCUACCCAUCGUGGUACCCAUAUGGAGCCGUUCGCGCCUUCGGUGGCUUCCCAUACGGUUACAACUACGGCGCUUAUCCCUUUGGUUUCCGAAACUACUACGGAGCUGCUUACCCCGGCUAUGGCUACGGCUACGGUUACGCUUAUUAAAUACCUGAAACAUGUUCCCUCGAUUUUUUUACUCUGUGCUGCCCCUCAAUAAUAUCAAACAGCUCAUCACUUGAUAUAUGCCGUAUACAGCCUUUCACUUAUUCUCGAUUUGAUUUUAUGAUAGAAUUCGAAUUAAGCCUCUUUGUUAGUACAACAUCAAAAACUGUCGAAACAUUAUGCAAUACAGUGACAAUGUAACUCUUU